AUGCCGGUCCAGUGUCCGAGGCGUCAGAGCGGCGGACAACUGGACCCAAAGGACGCGCGGCCGGAGCGAAAAGAGACCGGUUCUGAGACCCCCAGCUCGUCGGCGUCCUGGCAUCGUGAGCUCGGGCUCGGUAUCCACGGCGCCGGGGCUCGGUGUCCUCUUCUGUGGAAUGGCGAUCGCUGUGUUGUAGAGCCGCCCGGGCAGCUCCUGCGCCUCUUCUACUGCACGGUCCUGGUCUGCUCCAAAGAGAUCGCGGCGCUCACGGACUUCUCCGGUUACCUAACCAAACUCCUGCAAAACCACACCGCCUAUGCCUGUGAUGGGGACCACUUGAAUCUGCAGUGCCCACGGCAUUCUACGAUAAGUGUCCAAUCGGCAUUUUAUGGGCAAGAUUACCAAAAGUGUAGCUCCCAGCAGCCUGCCACCCAGAGGGAAGACAGCUUAACCUGUGUGGCACCCACCACCUUCCAGAAGGUGCUGGACGAAUGCCAGAACCAGCGUGCCUGUCACCUCCUGGUCAAUAGCCGAGUUUUUGGACCUGACCUUUGUCCAGGAAGCAGUAAAUACCUCCUGGUCUCCUUUAAAUGCCAACCUAAUGAACUAAAAAACAAAACCGUGUGUGAAGACCAGGAGCUGAAGCUACACUGCCACGAAUCCAAGUUUCUCAACAUCUACUCUGCUACCUACGGCAGGAGGACCCAGGAAAGGGAUGUCUGCUCCUCGGAAGCAGAGCGGCUUCCCCCCUUUGACUGCUUGUCUUACUCAGCGUUACAAGUGCUAUCCAGAAGGUGCUAUGGGAAGCAGAGAUGCAAAAUCGUUGUCAACAAUCACCAUUUCGGAAGCCCCUGCCUUCCAGGAGUGAAAAAAUACCUCACUGUGACCUACGCAUGUGUUCCCAAGAACAUACUCACAGCGAUUGAUCCAGCCAUUGCUAAUCUAAAACCUUCUUUGAAGCAGAAAAAUGGUGAAUAUGGUAUAAACUUCGACCCAAGUGGAUCAAGAGUUCUGAGGAAAGAUGGAGUUAUUGUUAGCAACUCUCUGGCAGCAUUUGCUUACAUUAGAGCCCACCCGGAGCGUGCCGCCCUGCUGUUCGUGUCCAGUGUCUGCAUCGGCCUGCUCCUCACAUUGUGCGCCUUGGUCAUCAAAGUGUCCUGUGCCAAGGACUUCCAGGAGCUGCAGCAGGGGAGGGAGCACCUGGUGCCAGGAAGUGACAAGACCGAGGAGGACAACGAGGAUGAAGCAGAGGAGGAGGACUCCUCUGACUCUGAUUUUCCAGGGGAACUGUCUGGGUUUUGUAGGACUUCAUAUCCUGCCUACAGUUCCAUAGAGGCUGCGGAGCUGGCAGAAAGGAUUGAGCGCAGGGAGCAAAUCAUUCAGGAAAUAUGGAUGAACAGUGGUUUGGACACCUCACUCCCUAGAAAUAUGGGCCAGUUCUGCUGAAAACCAGAUGCACCUUGAUGCGAUCGCGCUUUCUGAAGAGGGAAGGAUCCAAGAUGCCCCUCCUGUUGCUUCCCGUACCUUCUGUGAAGGAGCAUUUGUCAUGUCACCCAAUACUGGUGAGGCCAAGAAGCUAUUAAAGGGACAUUUCAAGCAGUUUCCAGCACAGUCCAAAAUAAAGUUGGAGGGAAGGAGUC